AUGGCUACGGAUUCGUCUUUUGAGGGUCUUGCUCUUGAUCCUUCCAAGUGCAGUAAAUUGAGUAUGGAGGAAAAAAGAGAACUGGUAUAUGAAGUAUCUAAGUGGUCUCAUGGUGCAUCUGAGAUGCUGCAGUCAUGGAGCCGUCAAGAGAUUUUGCAAAUAUUGUGUGCAGAGAUGGGAAAAGAGAGAAAGUAUACUGGGCUGACAAAGUUGAAAAUUAUAGAAAAUCUUCUAAAAAUUGUUUCUGAAAAGAAAUCAGGGGGGCACGAAACUGCAACAGACCCUGAAUCACAUUCUUCUCCUGCAUCUGGUCAGAAACCUGCUAAAAGGCAGAGAAAAUCUGAGAAUCCUUCUCACUUACCUGUUCCUACGACCAGCAUUCCAGGCAAUAAUGGUAAUGAUUCUGUUAAUACUACAUACUGCAAAAACUCAGCUUGUAAAGCUACCCUGAAUCAAGCAGAUGCAUUUUGUAAAAGAUGUUCAUGCUGCAUUUGUCGUCUAUAUGAUGACAACAAAGACCCUAGCCUGUGGUUAAUAUGUAGUUCUGAGAAUCCAUUUCCUGGUGUUUCUUGUGGCUUGUCAUGUCACCUUGAGUGUGCUUUAAAACAUAAUGGUUCUGGAAUUGGCAAAGAUGGGGAGCGUCCCAAGCUUGAUGGAGGCUUCUACUGUGUUGCUUGUGGGAAAGUAAAUGAUUUACUCGGAUGCUGGAGAAAACAACUGAUGGUAGCAAAGGAUACUAGACGUGUAGAUAUACUCUGUUAUCGAGUCUCCUUAAGCCAGAGACUUUUACAAGGAACUGAAAAGUAUGACGAACUCUAUAAAAUUGUUGAUGAAGCAGUGAAGAAACUUGAACCUGAAGUGGGUCCACUCACUGGCUCACCGGUGAAGAUUGGUAGGGGAAUUGUAAACAGGCUUUCUUCGGGGCCUGAGGUUCAGAAACAAUGUGGUUUUGCUCUUGAAUCACUUGAUUCACUGCUUUUGAAGAGGAUCUUGCCGUCAUCACCUAAUCCAACAACUCAAGAUACACGUUUGCUGGCUCUAAAUAUGAUGAGGUUUGAAGACGUCACUGCCACAUCCCUCACUAUUAUUUUGGGUUCAGAAGAACCCUCUGGUGAAAAUAUCGCUGCUUACACCUUGUGGUAUCGCAAAGCUGAUGAUGUGGACUAUCCCAUGGACCCGACUUGCAGCUCCCUCCUACUAAAUAGAAGGUUCAGUGUCAGGGAUCUACUUCCAGGUACAGAAUACAGUUUCAAAGUUGUUGCAAAUGAUUCGAAGGAGUCAGGUGUAUGUGAAGCUCAAAUCUCAACAGAGCUUGGCGAGGAUGAAGUCCCUAAUUGCUCUGCAACAGAAAGAAGUCAGAGCCCAGUAACCAACUGUAGCAGCCUUUCCAAUCCGUCAUCAGUGGAAGAUGAAACUAAUAACUGUAAUCCAUAUAGUGACCUGACUGAUAACCGAGCAGAUCAUUAUCCUUCUUAUCACAAGGAAAGCGACCAGCUUGUUUCUGGAAAUUUAUCUAACGAUGCUAUUAACUGUUCCAACAUAGAUGUUGUGGGUAUUCCUCCUGAUGCAGACUCUUUGUCAGACAAGCAGCAUGCGGUAGGAAUGACUGCCUCCAUACCUAGUUCUGAUGUGCUAAAGCUCGAAGACAAGCAUUCGCCAGAGGAACAAGUCACUGAGGACAUGAGCACUGAUGAUGGGUUGAAUUCCCCAGUUUUAACGGGUAGGGAAUGUGUGCCGUUAGUAGGUACCUCGGAAGGAGGCUUGCCUAAUACUCCCUGCAAGUUGGAAACACUUAAGGAUGGUCCAGGAAGGAUUGGAAGAUCCAAGUCCAGUGGCAAAGAUCAAGAAAAUGGAUCCGGGAAAAGGGAGGGCCCCCAGGAUGGCAGCACAUCCAAGAAGAGAACUGGAGAAAGGCAAGAAGAGGGCCGUGCCGCAAAUGGCUUUUCGGAGCGGGAUUUUGAGUAUUAUGUGAAGGUGAUUAGGUGGUUAGAGUGUGAAGGGCACAUAGAGAAGAACUUCAGGCAGAAAUUUCUGACAUGGUACAGCUUAAGAGCCACCCUUCAAGAAGUAAGAAUUGUGAAAAUAUACAUUGAUACAUUUCUUGAAGAUCCAGCAUCUCUUGCAGAGCAACUUGUUGACACCUUCUCAGAAUGUAUAUCCAGCAAGAGAACAUCAGUGGUGCCAGCGGGGUUCUGCAUGAAGCUUUGGCAUUGA